UUGGGGUCUUCCCAGUCACACGCGAACAGGAAAGUUGAUUGUCAUACAAAUCCUGACCAGUCUCCCCCUGGGGGAGAGAGCCGAAUUCGAGAACGAACGGUGUAGUCAGUCGGUGCGCGUACCUCAUUCGCGGAACAUCCCUCAAACGAACGGAUUGUGUAGUGUGCGCGUGUGUGUGUGUAUGUAUGCUGUGAUGAUACAGUGAGAUGAUUCAAAUGCCAAGCUGCUACAUUACGUGAGCGCAAAAGCGAUUUCGUGCAAAGUGUGAUAAACGAAAAAACCAAGAAGCGGAGAGUGAAUCACCCGUACAGCAUUCGGGCAGGGAACAUUCCGGAGCAAAAGCCGCAUCCCAUCCUCCGCGCCCGGUCCCCACGGUCACAAAAACUUGGCCACCACGCUCGGUUCGUUAAUUGUGAGGACCGCGAACCGCGAAUCGAAUGUGAUGUCGCGUCCGAAAUUGAGGCAACGUUUCGCGAUGGCACAUGUCACGGAUUCGAAUUGAGGCGGCGGCUUCGACUGGUGCUUCGACUGCUCGCUGAGCCUGAGUCUCGCCUUCGAAGGUGCCCGGACCUGUCGUGCUGUCAAAAAUCAGUUAAAAGUCUCACUCACUUGUCCGCCCUGCCGCGUUCCCCCCACCAGUGAUUCUCCCAAAAAGGGGGAAGGAUCACACACAAAAAAAAACCGGUCGAAAAACAUAAAAAAGACGAAACAAAACGGGGUUUACGCCAGUGCCAGACCAAACAGGGUGGACGGAUGGGUCGGCAGGCAAUUGAAGAAGAAUUCUGUGAUAUUUUUAGUUCGCUACCUUUUUUCAAGGGGACUCGGUUGUGAUUAAGUAACGCGACCACAACACCACAAGGUAGAGCACCGGCGCGCUCAGUGGUCCAUUUCGGUCUCUUGCGGAAUCGGAAGAAACGAUACAAAACGCGAUACUCUCGGCACAGGUGUUCCGGGGAAAUAGGUGGGGGAAAUCGAAAAAAACAACUAGUGAUAAUAGCGUUAGAACCAGCGCACGCUCCCGGAACUGUGCUUCAUCUUCUUCUCCGCGUUCCGCGUUCCAAAACAGAAGGGUGUGUGUGAUCGGGGUCGUUGGGAAAUUUGGAAUUCCCCGUACGCACCGCCACAACAGCCCAACUCAACAACAACCACGUGCUAGAUGCAGCACAGGGGCCGCCGUGCAUUGUGGUGGGUCUGAAAAUAAACAUUCACGGAAUUCACGCACUGUGCGUGCCUGCCAGUGGGUUGCCUCAUCUGCACGCAUCUCAACCAUCCCAGCAGCGAGCAUCAUCCAGCGAGUGUGCUGAGCAUCACCAGCACCGGUACGUGUGCUAGGCGAUCGAAGAAUGUGAUCCAGAUAGCUAGAGAAAAAGAGAGUGAACAUAGAGAGCGCAUCAGUGAGCGCUGAAGUGAAUUCCUGUUUUCCAACGAAAGAGUGAUCGACACAGACCGAACGCAUCAUGUCGUUCUGUCGCAUUACCGGCAAGUGCCGGUCACUGCCGAAACCGAACUAUUUCCCGAUGUUGCCACCCAUCUCACCGGCCGCUGCCAAGCGCUUCUGUCGCGUCACGGGCAAAUCGUACGGACUACCGUCACACCACUUCAUCCCGGUCAUGCUGGUCCAGCGUGGUGGGGCGCCCGGGCGCGACCGCUGCAAGAUCACGAACGUAGCGGCCGAACUCGAACCGCACCACUACCAACCGGGCGUGUACGGUUGCCGGAAGCACGCCGUGAUUUGUGCCUUCCGGUACGUACUGCCCCUGCUCGACGAGACGGACGAAGCGCAGCGCAACCUGACGACGGUACUGCAGCAGAAACGGAAACCGAUCGAGCAGAACCUCUACGUGUACCGGGUGGAUGAGCGGAGCUUCGGGCUCGUCUUUCCGGCUCAGCUCGAGGCGGCCGUCCGUGACGGCGAUGUGCGCGACGUGAUGCUGGCCAAAGAGUCGGACAAGCUGCUGAUCAAACUGCGCCAAGGGAACAGCGUGAGUGUGGCGCUGCAGAGCGUCGAACAGGCGAGCACGAUGAUGGAGGACCUGUACGAGGGUGAAGGACCCCGGGAGGAAGUGAUCAAGCGGCGCGAAAAGGAGGAAGCGAAGCGACCGAAACCGAAACCCCGUUCGACGCUGUCCAGCAUCGCCAACAUUUUCGAGCAGAAGGAGAAAAUCCAGGACGAACAGCUGGAGGAAGAGCAGCGGUUCAUCGAGGAGCACCGGGAGAAGGCGAUCCGGUUGGCGACGGAGCGCCGCGAACGGCAGCUGGCCGAGAAGCUGCGGGCGCUCCAGCUCGACGAGCAUCUGCUCGAUCAGGAGGCCGAUCUGGGCGAUCUGGUGAAACCGCUGAUCGAAUCCUGGGACUGGAGUACGCUCGAGCGGGAAGCGGCCGCCGGUGGCGGGUUGCCUAACAAGCUGGAAGCUCUGCCCGAACUGCUCACCGUUCCACCGAUCGUCAUUGAACCAUUCCGGCCGGUGCCGGUUGAUGGGCGGCUGCUCGAACGUUGCUC